GUACAGCUUUUAGAAUGAAACCCAGGAGAAGCUCUUUAGGAAAAUCUCCACACACUCCUGCUGAUACUGGAUCAAAGAUGUACCACUGCGCCAAUUGUGGGAAGGGUUUUACCCGAAAUAGUUCUUUCAAAAUUCACCAGCGCAUUCACACAGGAGAGAGGCCAUAUCACUGUAAACAAUGUGGGAAAAGUUUUACCCGUGAACAUGAUCUUCAAAUACACCAGCGCAUUCACACAGGAGAGAGGCCGUAUCGUUGUGCAGAUUGUGGAAAGGGUUUUACCCGAAAUAGUUCUCUCAAAACUCACCUGCGCAUUCACACAGGAGAAACGCUGCAUCACUGUGAACAGUGUGGGAAGAGUUUUACCUGUGACAGUAAUCUCCAAACUCACCAGCGCAUCCACACAGGAGAGAGGCCGUAUCACUGUGAACUGUGUGGGAAGAGUUUUACCCGUGACAGUCAUCUACAAAUACACCAGCGCAUUCACACAGGAGAGAGGCCAUAUCAAUGUGCAGAUUGUGGAAAGGGUUUUACCCAAAAUAGUGCUCUCAAAACUCACCAGCGCAUUCACACAGGAGAGAGGCCGUAUCACUGUGAACAGUGUGGGAAGAGUUUUACCCGUGACGAUCAUCUUCAAAUACACCAGCGCAUUCACACAGGAGAGAAGCCGUAUCACUGUGGACAGUGUGGGAAGAGUUUUACCUGUGACAGUCAUCUCCGAACUCACCAGCGCAUUCACACAGGAGAGAGGCCGUAUCACUGUGAACAGUGUGGGAAGAGUUUUACCAGUGACCGUCAUCUCCGAACUCACCAGCGCAUUCACACAGGAGAGAAGCCGUAUCACUGUGGACAGUGUGGGAAGAGUUUUACCUGUGGCAGUAAUCUCCGAACUCACCAGCGCAUUCACACAGGAGAGAGGCCAUAUCACUGUGAGUUUUAGUGACUGCAGUAACUUUAAGUACCACCAGCAGGGACAUGCAGGACAGCAGCCAUAUCACUGUGGACAUUGUGGGCGGAGUUAUACUUAUUUGAAAUCAUUUAGAAAGCACAAGUGCUCUAAGAUGAAUUCAUCAGAU